AUGGCGAGCAGAAAUACACCUUUCGGCUCCCCCGCCGGCGGCUUCGAUAAACUGCACGAAGACGGCAUGGAUGUAUUGCGAGAUGCAAAGGCCCGACCGGAGUCCCGCGAUGCCGACCACGAGGCCAGAGAGCGCCGAGUUGCUCAGCUGAUGCUCGACCAAACGGCCAUGCCCAUGACUGUCAACGAAGUCAAUAUUCUCGGUGGUAACAAUAUUCGACGUCCCUUUCUCAACCCAUUUAUUCAACCACUACUGGCCGACCAACCCGACUCGCCUUCUACAGUGGGAGAAGUGCUAGCAAAGCUGCAGGAGGUCAGUGGCAAGCUGAGCGCACUACAAAUACUUCGAGAGCCCCCACAGGUUUUCCUCCAGCAAUCCGAUCCGACAGAUGCCUCGUCAAGCCCGACCGAUGUCAACAUCUCCCUGUCCCUCAAGGAACUACCCCGCUUCAAGCUGCAGACCGGAACUGACGUAGGCAACGGCGAGGGUUCUGCUUAUGGAUCUCUGCUGUGGCGCAAUAUUUUCGGAGGCGCUGAGAUGUUGACCCUCAACGCGCGAUCUGGGACAAGAACGCGCUCCGCCUACAGCGCCAACCUUGGCGCACCUGUGCUCAGCAACCCGGAUAUGCGUGUCUCGCUCGAAGCUCUCGCCUCCGCUUCGGAGAAGCCAUGGGCAUCGCACGAGGAGGUCCUCAAAGGCGGCUCGCUUCAGUUCUCGUGGCUCACCGAGCAAAGGGACAGCCACACGCUGGAAUACUCGGGUCUCUGGCGGCAGCUGACGGGCCUGGGGCAGGGCGCGAGUGCCACGGUCCGCCAGGACGCCGGCGACUCCAUCAAGAGUGCCAUCAAGCAUACCUUUUUCAGAGAGCGCCGUGAUAAUCCACAGUUACCCCAAAGCGGCUACAUGGUUAGAUCAAAGUUUGAGCUUGCAGGUCUGGGACCUCUUGGUGGUGACGUUGCUUUUUCCAAGAGCGAGCUCGAGCUCGGCGGCGCAAUCCCCAUUCCGAUUCCUGGGUCAUCACAAAAGUCCGGCAUCUCCAUCGGCGGAGGCUUCCGCAUGGGCAUGCUGUGGCCUCUGCCCUUGGGAUUGGACUUGAACGGUAAAGCUCAGCCGAGCCGCAUCAACGACCGCUUCCAGCUGGGAGGCCCCGCCGACGUGCGAGGAUUCCAGCUCGGCGGCCUGGGACCCCACGAUGGCAAGGAUUCCGUCGGUGGUGACUUGUUCGCUGCUGGCGGUGUCAACAUGCUCUUGCCACUACCCUACAAGGGCCCAGAAUCCGGCCUGCGCUUCCAAGUGUUUGCCAACGGCGGCCGACUGGUUGCCUUGAAGAAUGCGAGAGAGUCCAAGAGCGGUGAGAGCAGCAGCGCUGCGCCGUCUGGCUUGAGCCCUUCGGCCGUCCGAGAUGGUAUGCUGAACGCUGUCGGCGACUUGCUUAAUGGGACACCGAGCGCCGCCGCUGGUGUCGGUCUCGUCUAUGCACACCCCGUUGCUCGAUUUGAGCUCAACUUCAGCUUACCUCUGGUGUUGCGCAGAGGUGAGGUUGGUACAAAGGGUCUGCAGCUGGGAGUCGGCAUCAACCUAAUGUAG